AUGGAAGUCCUUCUGUCUCUUGGGCUGUUCCUGCUGGUGGCAGCAGCUGCUGCCAUCUUCUUGCUCAAGCCGUACUUCGACUGGAGGGCUAGUUGCGAUAAGUCCCUCGAGUCUCAAGUCUCGAGGACUUCCUUCCAAUGCGUCCCUGGCGAGCUCAUCCCACCAGCUUGGAAGGCGCCAGAGGUGACGUUGUCUGUCAUCGUGCCCGCCUACAACGAGGAGUACCGGGUGCCGCAGAUGCUGGACGAAACGCUGACCUAUCUAGAGGGGCGCGGAGCAUCGUCUUCCUUCUCUUAUGAGAUCAUCGUGGUGGAUGAUGGCAGCAGUGACAACACUUACGCCGCAGCUCUGUCCGCAAGCACGGCAGCUUCACUUCGCCAUGGUGAAGUGAAGAUAAUACAGCUCCUCGCCAACCGCGGCAAGGGCUUUGCAGUCCGCGCGGGGAUGUUAGCCGCACGAGGACAGCUGCUGCUCAUGGCGGAUGCUGACGGAGCAACGUCCAUCCGUGACCUUGAGCGCCUUGAACGAAGCCUCGGGGCAAAGGAUGAUGCUCCUCAUAUGGCUUUUGGAUCGAGGCAUCAUCUUCGACAAGAAGCGUUGAAUAAGAGGGCCUGGUAUCGCAAUGUGCUGAUGGUUGGCUUUCAGUUUGCGGUGUGGCUGCUGGUAGGUGGUGUCAUAAACGACACCCAGUGCGGCUUCAAGCUCUUCAAAGCCAACGCAGCGAAGCGAAUCUUCGCUUCGUUGCAUAUAUAUCGCUGGGCUUUCGACAUCGAGGUUUUGAUUCUGUCGCAGAUCUUUGGCCAGGGCGUGGCUGAGGUCCCGGUGACUUGGGUGGAGAUGCCCGGCUCAAAGCUGAAUCUGCUUACGGGCGCGCUGACAAUGUUGAGGGACAUGAUGCUGGUCAGAGUGCUUUACGGCUUCGGCUUUUGGCAGCCUUCAGUUGCCUGA